AUGGUAGUGGCCGCCUUCUCAACCUCACAAACAGCUUCCGAACCGAUUAGCUAUCCUCUUCUCAACAGCUCGCGAACGGUCAACGACUUGUUCCACGAUGGCAGCAUCUCCCCUCAGUCUCCGUCGACUCUUUUUGCUGCCUGGAAGUCUACUACUGUCUGUGUCAGAGGUUGCAGCCAAGCUUGCCAACUCCCACAUCCCAUAACCUACGAGAUCGUUCACCAACAACCGGUAUCGAUCAACACCGACAUACUAUACAACACAACCUUCUAUCCUGUCCCAGAGGUCGGCGUCACGGUAGACAAUGCACCAACUAGCCUGAAUGGCAUCACGACAUAUCACUGGACCGAGACGAAGACGUAUUCGGACUAUAGUCGGCUUAGUCGGACGUUGACGGCCACUCAAGCAACGGCUACACCGGAUGAUUCAACGUUCGUAAUGGUAGCUUUCGGCUCGGCGAAGCAUAACAAACGACAGUCGGGCUCAUAUUGGGUCAACGCUGAUGGCACGAUCACAAACGAUUGCACGCAAAGCCCCAUCUACACCAUCCGCAACGGUGUCCUCACCGCAACGAUCAACAACGUUUUCUACACCUACUCGACGUCUGCGGGCGUUCCCUACGCACAGUUUGCUCCGAAUACGGUUCCUGGAUCCAUCACGACGUCUUUCACGCUUGCCAUGGACAACCAGUUGAGCUGGCACAAUCCUGAGUUUUACAAUGGCGAGGCCUCAUUCUGCGCCUUGACGAACGGGACAGUGUACGCUGUCUUUCAGCAGAACAUGCAGCCGGAGGGAUGCCUGUACAUCAAACUCUCGCUGUUCUCAGUGUCAUCCUGUCAAGGCAUCUCUUUCGCAACGAUUACGGGUCCUCCAGGACCAACAGUCAAGGUAUUCAGGGAGAUCCUGGCAUACAAGGCAUCCAAGGCAGCACGGGUCCUCAAGGAGUACAAGGCGCCCAGGGAAGUCAAGGCGUACAAGGCAGCCCUGGUCCUCAAGGUAGCCAAGGGGUCCAAGGAAGUCAAGGAUUACAGGGAAGUCAAGGACUGGAAGGAAGUCAAGGUAUCCAGGGUGAUCAGGGCAUUGCCGGAAGCACUGGUCCUUCAGGUCCUUCUGGGGCUACAGGCAUUAGCGGAAUGGUGGGCGCAACAGGGCCGAGCGGGCCAAGCGGACCUUUGGGGCCAACAGGAGCUAGCGGCUUUCCAGGUCAGAGCGGCCUUGUUGGCGCUACUGGCAGCGUUGGGCCUUCAGGUGCAACAGGGUUAG